AUGGCAACAUUGGAUCUAAUGUCAGCGGUCAAGUAAAAAUUGUAAAAAUAAUGCUUUCGUUUCACAUGGAUUUUAAUAAACAAAUAUAGUUUUUUAGGAGGCUGUUUUGCUGUAUAAACACAAAUUGUGAUUUGUUGUUACUCAACGAGUGUAUUACUAUCUUAACAGAGGUGUUAAUUUUGGUGUUUAACCAGUGAAGACCCCAUGAACAUCAUGUCUAUGCCACAUAGCAGCUCAAGCACCACUAGCUCCAGUACCAAGCGCAAGGAAAUAUACAAGUAUCAAGCACCAUGGCCACUGUACUCCAUGAACUGGUCUGUGAGACCCGACAAGAGGUUCCGACUGGCUCUCGGCAGCUUUGUUGAGGAAUACAAUAAUAAGGUACAAAUAAUCUCACUGGAUGAGGACACAAGUGAGUUCAGUGCUAAGAGCACCUUUGACCACCCGUACCCCACCACAAAGAUCAUGUGGAUUCCCGACAGCAAGGGAGUCUACCCAGACCUGCUGGCUACGAGUGGCGACUACCUGCGCAUCUGGCGCGCGGGCGAGCCCUACACUCUGUUCGAGUGCGUGCUCAACAACAACAAGAACUCGGACUUCUGCGCUCCGCUGACCUCCUUCGACUGGAACGAGGUGGACCCCAACCUCAUCGGCACCAGCAGCAUUGACACUACUUGCACCAUAUGGGGCCUGGAGACCGGGCAGGUCCUGGGUAGGGUCAAUGAGGUAUCGGGCCAUGUCAAGACGCAGCUCAUUGCUCAUGAUAAGGAGGUGUACGACAUCGCGUUCAGCCGCGCGGGCGGCGGCCGCGACAUGUUCGCGUCUGUGGGGGCUGACGGCUCCGUCAGGAUGUUCGACCUCCGACAUCUCGAGCACUCCACCAUCAUAUAUGAGGACCCGCAGCACACGCCGUUGCUGCGGCUUGCGUGGAACAAGCAGGACCCUAACUACCUGGCCACGGUGGCCAUGGACGCCUGCGAGGUCAUCAUCCUGGACGUGCGCGUGCCCUGCACUCCCGUGGCCAGGCUCAACAACCACCGCGCCUGCGUCAACGGGAUCGCCUGGGCCCCGCACAGUUCGUGCCACAUCUGCACGGCGGGUGACGACCACCAGGCCCUGAUCUGGGACAUCCAGCAGAUGCCGCGCGCUAUAGAGGACCCUAUCCUGGCCUACACGGCCGCCGAGGGGGAGGUCAACCAGAUCCAGUGGGGAGCCACCCAGCCUGACUGGAUCGCCAUCUGCUACAACCGGCACACUGAAAUACUGCGCGUAUAAGGUCACCCUUAAGCUGUAGUGGCUUCUGAUCCUUAGGGAUGAGUGUACUAGUUGGGCAGGUGGCCUGUUAAUGAUGUUCAGAAAAAAGUUGAUAAUACUAUCUGAACGUCAAUAACUUGGAAAGUUGUCGGGCACCUCAGUUUGUCAUUCUAAUUAUUCGAAAUAGCCAAAGUAAUAACGUUACACAAAGCAUGUAGUUUUGUACGAAACACCUGACUAAUAAUCCUAGAUAACUGUCUCCAAUAAUAUCAUAAUUAAUUUCUACGACAGAAACAUUGUUUGCUAAGGAUAUUCCAAUCGUUAUAAAACAAUUAUAUUUAUGCCGACUGUGCACAGCUAGUAGCACCACUCUAUAACCCCUAAGAUCAGAAACCACUAUAAUCUGAUUACUUAAGUAGUUAGAUCAGUGCUAGUGCCAAAAAGGUACCAAAUAAAAGUAAGCCCCUUACGACCUGGGCAUAUAUCACGUAAUAUGACGUAGGUGUUAUACCCGCUGCCAGUCAGCUACCUAACCCUAAUAAUAAUACACACGUUUAAGAUCUGUACACAUCCGUAAUUCCAGAUCCGGAGUGAGACCCCUGAAUGAUAUUUGUGUGUGUAACUAUGCUUUGAAAGUCUACGAAAGGGUGUUGACCUUAGUAGAAUAUGCAUCUGUACACAUCCGUAAAAUCCGGAUCUGAAAUUACGGAUGUAUAAGUGUAUAUUAAGAAAAAUAUCUCAAAUACUAAAUACUUAUUGCCAUUGAGACUAAAGCGAUCGUAAUUGUUUAAAAUUACAAAUUACCUAAUACUUUAAUUGAUGUAACUAAUUGAUUAAACGUAGUAUUCUAUAAAUGGAUCUAUUUAGCAAAGUGUACACAAUUCAGUUGUUCUAAAUACUACACGUAUUUAAAAUCACAUUUUGUUAAUAACUAUUUAAUGAAGGCUGGACGCACAUUUGUUACCAAACGCUCUGUAUAGCCUAUUGGUUUCAUUGAAGUCUAAUAGUAUUUAUUUUAACAUAAAGUGGAAUUAUGCCUAUAUAUUUUAAUAUGAGCGGUAAUUGUUGCGCAACAAGUGUGCGUCCAUCUUUAUCGAUCAGCUCUUAAGUACUUACACGCAUAGUAUUGUAAAGUUUGGAUGUGGCAAGAGAAUAAAGAAGGAGUCGUAAGAAGUAACCGCAAGGUUCACAUUCGAAUGACGAUUGACGUUCGAUCAAAGAUCGUUUGAAGUAAAUUAUCUCUUUAUAAAAAGACUGAUAGAGAAUCAAACUUUUCUAAAUUUUGACCUAACAUUAUUCCCCAAGCUGGAAUUAAUAUUAUGUAAGAUUUUUAUAAAUUUUCAUAGGCGUACUUGGAGGGGGAAGUUUUAAUGUAAUUCUUACAAAAUUCAAAAAUCUUGUAAAUGGUAUAAAAUAUUAAUGAAAACUUAAGUGACGUUUGAAGUCUUCUCAUAAAUCCAAUGCUACGCCAUUAAUAUUCUCAAUGAAUAAUUUGUAUAUAAAAAAAAACAAAUAAGAAUAACUUGUAAAAACAUUAGGUUUUGAGCGAAAAUAGAAAGGCCUGAGCCGUGUAUUGCGACGAAACUGCUCGUCUAUCACAGAUCGUUGGUAAGAAUGCAAUAUUGAAGUCGGAAAGCAAAGUACACGAACCGAAGCGAACGUAUUCACGAGUGCACAAUACAGCGUAAUCACGCAUUAUUUAAAGACAAUUUGUGGAUUAGUUUAAUAGAUACCAUAGUAUAAACUUGCAUUUAUGUGAUUCCUUAUUCACAAUUGGCGUUACUGAAAAUAUUCUAUAUAAAAUACUCCGUAGUUAUGCUUGAUGUCUUUUUAACAUAUUUUGGUGUCUGUAGCACUAUAACCCAUUACGGAUAUAGUGGCUUUCGUAAUAUUAGAUUUUAGCUGCGCCAAAGUCAGUUUGACAUGAAAACGAAUGGUGUUUUAAUAUUUAACUUAAUGAAUGUUGCUACCACCCCUCUAUGGAUGAAAAGGUUGUACGCAGUCUGUAUCAGACACCUUUUUGUAGUAACGUUUUGAUGAAAUCCCGCGUUUGUAGGACUGUUUGUGUAUUUAUUUUUACAUGUAUAAUACAUAGGCAAACUAGUUUCUGGUAAAGUGUAUUCUGUACUCCUUCGACAGCAGUGUUACUUGGUGUUUUCUAUUAAUGAGGAAUAGAGAAAAGAGAACUAAAGUAAUUGUAUUAAACUUUUAAUAGAACAAACACACUUGGGAACACCAGAAAUUAGCGAUUUGUAUUGUAUCAAAAUGUUUCAAGUAAAAACAUGUAUUAAUCAAAUUGAUGUGAUUAAAUAAGGACUAGAUAUAAUAGUUAUUUAUAUACAAAUAGCUUUAAGAAUUCUAAAUAAAUAAAUUAUGAUUUAGGAAGUGAA